AUGAAGGCAAUCGUCAUUCUACUCAUCCUCAUGCAAAUAGUACUCUUCAUGCAGCAACUAGACGCUUAUUGUAUCUACAACAAAACAAACAAACGGUUCCUAGAUCUGCAUCAGACUUCCUACCACACAAAAGCACCUCUUUUAAGUUUGUUUCAAAAGCAUGUAGCUCCAGAAUCUCGUGAAUGCUGUCCCUAUACUUCACCUGAUUGCUCCAUGUCAGGGGCAAAAGACGAAAUAGUUGUAGUAACUAUUCAGACCGCCAAAUACUUUUGUUAUUCCAUCUCCCUUCCAGCAGGCGGAUGGGUGAACGUCAUGGACCCGAGAAACAACUUGGGGGCUGAUAUAUUAGAUUUUGAAGUAUUUAGCUCUGAUGGAACGCCAUUCGAGUAUGAACGCUUAGCUCCGUAG